UUAAUGUAUAUAUCAGCAGUGUUCUGCUCUUUGUUGUAUACUCCUACAGGCCCAUUACUCCAAAUGGAACUGCGAGAGCCCAAACGAAAGUGUCGAGUACGUAUUUCUUUGCAGCAGCCUUUCCCAGUUCUUAACAGGGAUGUAACAUCAAUACCAACAAGUAAAGCUCUUUGGCAAGUGUAUACUGGAAAGUACAGUGGAGACUCUGUUGUAGUGGAUGCCCCAGAUGAAAUGAUGGCACUUUAUAAUAUGGGCUGUUUUGGAAAAGGGUCAUUAUCCCGUGGAAGUCCAGAAUUUGGUAAAGAAAGACAAGGAACCCCACCUUUCAUUCGUCAUCGGCAGUGGAAACGUAGAUGCAGAUGGGCAAACCAACUUAAAGCUAUGAAGACUGAUAAUGAAACAAAACAACAGGAAACUGUUGUGAAGGUUAGUCAGCGGGACUGUGUUGGGGAGGAUCACAUUGCAGGUGAAAUCACACUGACUGCAGGAAAACAAGCAUCGCCUGAGGGAAGUGCAAAUAUAAUUCCUGAGGAUGAAGCUCAAGAGAAGAAUUCAAGAAAGUUCUGUGAUACAAAGAGUACAGUUGAAAGAGAUGAUGAAAUUAAAACAGACAGGACAUUUGAGGAAACUAAAAAUUGUGAUGAUAGCAAUGGUAAAAAGACAUGUGAUGUGAAUACAGAUAAAAAGCUCAUAAUACUUGAUUCUGCAGAAGAAAACAAUAAAAAUAAAGCAGUAAAAAAUCUAGGACAUGUGGACAGGACUAAGAACAAUAAAGAAGGUGAACAUGAACAAAAAGGCACAACACAACUUAAUAAUUUUACUAGUACUAAUGAACAGAACAGAAAUACAGUGGUAGAAUGUCAUAGCUCCAAGACUAAUGGUACCAUAGUUACAUCUGAGAAUAAUGGUACUAAAGAAGGUAACACAGAAGAUUGUAGUCAAUCUGCAGAUGACAAGAGUGAGGAAAGGAUGUUACUGGUUCUUCCUGAUAGUGACAGUGAUUGUGAAGGAUAUUUGGAUAAUGUCUGCCCUAGAUUAGAGAAGGAACCAUUCCCAGUUCACGAAACUUUACAUCUAACACUUGAAGAAGCCUUCUUCUUGAGUUUUGGUCUCGGUUGUCUUCAAGUUAUUGAUUUAUUUGGAAAUUGCCUAUCACUGGAUGGUAUGUGGCAGUUAUUUUGUAAAUCUCAGAAAGACUUCAUCCAGAAGUAUGUUGCAUACCAUUAUUUUCGCUCUAAAGGCUGGGUGGUGAAACCAGGAAUCAAAUUUGGUGGUGAUUUCUUGUUAUAUAAGCAAGGUCCUCCAUUUUACCAUGCUUCAUACAUUGUGCUGGUGGAGGUGAUAGAUAAAUCUACAAUGAUGAGGGUUCCUGGGCUUCAAAGAAAUCUGUCUUGGACAAGGCUGAUGGGACUCAAUAGGGUUGGAGAGACUGCAGGAAAGGAGAUAUUAUUCUGUCAAGUAAUUUGGCCAUCAGAAGUAAGUCCUGAAAGCAUGGAAUUUCCAUCUAUCCUGUCCAAGUUCCAAGUACAUGAAAUGCUAAUCAGAAGAUGGGUAUCUUCACAAGAAAGAGAAGAAAGUGAUGCAGCAUGAAGACUCAUGGACGGUUCAAUUACAUGCUUAUGUUAGGACUAAGAUAUGAGUUCACUUUCUCAGAUAUCAUAUAUAUGAAAAUGUCAAUACUAUGAAUAAAAUUAUCAGUCUAACAAG